UGGCCUCUCCUCCCUCCUCUCUCCACCUUUCGGUUGUGGAACCCAUCAAAAGUCCAUUUUGAAGAAACGAGAGAGGGCGUGCAUGGCUUAUUCAGCGAAGAAAUGGGCAGGCUUCAUAUCAUACAUAGCCAGUCGCGCCUAUUUCUUUCUCAUUCUUUUACAAUUUCCUCUUUUCAGGGUGCCCUGUAGAGGUGGUAUAUGCACAACACCAUUAGAGGUCGCAUCGUGUCACUUGAUCGCUACUGAAGUCUUGCCUGCUGUUGUAGUGAAGAUUCUUUUGUAUCCUGGAGCUGUUGCAGAUGCUUUCCUCAAGAACAAGAGUAUCCCGAACUUCAACAACCUACUUAAUGCCUAUCCUAACUUUAACAACUUGAAGCGUUUUGAUGACACAAAUGAUAUUCACCGCAUCGAGGUUAUAGUGGGAAGCUACCUCUCUGUAGCAGGAGCUCUACUCGGUUAUCUAAGGCCGGGAAGAAUGAGCUUUGUCGGGACAUUGCUUGUGCUCUGGGGCCUCGCCAAGGAACUCUUUAUGGGAAGACAUCAAUAUCCCAAAAAAGCCAUUUCUGUCUACCCAACAAUGUUGAUUGCUCCUAUUCUUGCCUUCUUCUCCAUUAAGGGGGAUGUGAAAAAGUUAAUACGGAGUUUCAGGCAUCAUACAAAAGCAAAAUAUUAUUAAGUUGGAUCUAUAUUCAAAGAAAGAAAGGAAAUAUUACAGUUGCAGAUUUUGAUUUCUAUUCUUGUUUUUGUCUGCCAUUUUUUUACGGUUUAUAGAAUUGUGAUAGGUUUUGAGUAGCUCAUAGCAAAAUAACUAGGAUAUAUAUUAUUGUGCCAUUUCCUUUUGUACUUCCUGGUUGUAAGUGAAUCAGCAAUACAAUAGAAAGAACAAUCUUGCAACCUUGGAUAGCUUUCGAACUCUUU